UUAAUGUUUCUGGCAAAAAUAUUAGAUGAACAAAACGAAACGGGCGCUGCAGUUGAAGCUUAUAAGCGCAGCAUAGAAAUGGAACCAGAAAAUGUUGAUUUAAUACAUUCACUUGGAAUGCUAUAUUUAAAAGAUCAGUCAAAUGCUUUCACAACUUUUGGAAAAGCUCUAAGUUAUGAUGCCAAUUAUGUGCCAUCUGUGCUAGCUAUUGCUUCAAUUUUGCAAAUGAAUAAUGAUUGGGAUGUUGCUCUUUCAAAAUAUAAGUAAAUGGAGAGAUAGGACUGGGAGGAGAGUAGUACGAGAAAGAAUCUCGAUUUUCGAUAACCGACAUUUUUGACCGGAACCUCGUCUCGGUCCGAUCUAAAGUAAAUAUGUAAAAGUAGAUUUGUAUUAGU